AUGUGCGGGAAAUGGGGUUUGAUCCCAGGCGCGGAAAGAGAAUAUGAGCGUUCUGCAAGCAAAAUGCUAAGGAGAAAGCCAACAAAAAUUGAAGUCAAGAUCGAAGACAAAGAAGAACUCGAGGAAGCCCGCCACCGCAACGUUUCCGUCACCACUGCCACUACCGCCGCCCCCGCUGGCACCGCCGCUCUCCUCCGUCAGCUGGAUCGCGGCGGCGAAGAUCCCUCUUCCAAGGCGCAUCGCAUCGGCCUCUCCUCGUAA